CCUUGUAGAAUAAUUAGGCCGGCUACUACCGCGCGCGGGUGACGUCAUCGGCCCCAGCGACUGCAGGUAUAAUUCGCCUGUGUAUAAGGUGUAACUAUAAAGAAAACACAAUAAGCGACGGAGAAAACUUGGCAGCGCGUAUCUGUAUGCACAGGCGCGCGUUGUAUCGCAGUGUGCACAGGUAGGUAUAGCGAGCGCCGGAGACAUGUAGUACACAUAACAAACUAGUGCUGUGUAACGUGCGCGAUAUCGCCACUUGGCGAGGCAAGGCCUAUACACUAUACAGCAGGCGAGCAGUCGACGUCGCUACGUCAGCGGUCAGGUGGCGGAGCAUCGGUGCGGAAUUGAUAUACACUUAAGUAUAGUCGCGAGGUCAACCUGACGGUGCUGCAGGCUGCAGUGGUGCGAUCAUGCCGAGCUGCGCGGAUCAUCAGCAGCGGAGCCCGGCGGAGUCGAGCUCGUUGUUCGAGUAACGAGCGGCGCAGCCCGAGUGCCGAGAGGGAGGAGGCGCGCGAACAGCUGGACACUUGGUCGGAAAAUGGCAAGGAUCCUCCCGCCAGAAGCCGUCGCGACGAUACUGCCCUGCGAGCACUGCGCUAACCUCACCUUCAAGCACAUCCAGGAUUUCAUCAGGCACCUGCGAGAGCGGCACUGCAGCCAGGAGGGUGGCUCCUUCGUCUGUCGAUAUGGUUACAACGGAGUCUGCUCCAGUCUGCCGGUGGAGGGAGUCUCGGACAAGGAUUACGUAGCCCAUGCUGUCAAGCACGCCAGCAUGCAGCAGCAACAGCAGCAGCAGAAGAAGAGCAACGGCCAGGUGGCAGGAGCCUCAGGAUCCUCCUGGUCCGUCUACUCUGCUGCCCAGAACUUGCCUGCUGUGCUCAACGAUCCCAACAAGGGAAAGCAGAGCAACUUUCUCACCAAAACCUGGGGAGACUCUUUUGUGGAAAAAGUCGAGAUACCCAAGUGCCCCUACUUGCCAGAGAUCACUAUACAGCAUCUGGAGUCUUACUUGAAGAAGAUUGCACGGAGGUACCGUAAGCACACACGCUUGAACUCCAGUGCGAAUCAAGCUCCCCCGUCGCCUCAUGAACUGUUGCAAAAUUUUCCCAAUCUCAGGAAAGUAAAGAACUUCAAUGCCACUGCUAAUGGACCAAUAGACCGUUCGCAGUUUGAUUUGAGCAGCAUACCAAAAAUCUUUCUCAAUCCCCAUCUGGAUCUUUCUAAGAAGAAAAACUUUGAUGAUGUCUUCUCCUUCUCAAAAGAUGGACUUCUCGGAGAAGGAAAGAACAUCAGCACCAAUGUCAAGCAAAUGCAGGAGAAGCUCACUCACUAUCUGGAUAUUGUGGAGGUGAGAAUCGCAGAGCAAGUAGCAUCAAAAUCUCAAGCCUUCUUCCAUGCUAUGACCUCACACGAUGUGCUGAUGGAACAGUUGACACAAACCAUCACAGUCUUGAAAGCUCUUCGAAAAAACAUACACGAAAUUGACAGAAAUUUGGUGAAAAACUCCCUGCAAGUCUUGAGGUUAGAGAGGGCCCGUUCUAAUCACUUGGUAGUGCAAGAAAAGUUAAAGCUUAUAGCGACAGUCCAUCAAAGUCAACCAAUGAUCCAGUCCCUCUUAUCAACACCGGACUACGUUGCUGCCUUAGACGUCAUUUCUACUACUCAAGAAAUACUGUUACAAGAGUUAAAUGGCAUCCAUAGUUUUAGGCAUUUGGGUUCGCAGUUGUCAGAAAUGGAGAAGCUUAUAAACAAAAUGUUGCACACUGAAUUUGAAAGAUACGCAACAGCAGAUUUGAACAGGCCAUUGGUUAGUGGUGAUAGUGCUGUCUUAGAUGGGGACAAGCUAGUUUCUAUCAUAUCUGGUCUGUUACGCCAAAAACAUUUCCAAUUCAUAGACACGUAUAAAGAAGAGGCGAUGACAACAGUGAGAGCGGUAACGAAACAGCGAGUUAUUGAGGCAUUAGCUGAUAGCGAUUGUUGCAGUGAUCAACAAGCAGCUGCUCUCGAAGUCGGUGGCCUUUCUCUUACCGAGCGAUUAAAACUCUUAGAUAACACGAUACAUUCUUUAACUUCGCUUUUGUAUCGUAUUAAGGCGGUUCACAAUGUUAUGCGAGAUACGGCAGACUUAGCAGCCGGUAAAUCGUUGCCUGAGAGAUCGAACGAGUCCUUGAUGGACCGUCUCUUAUCCGACGAAGAUCACACGCGUGUGACCACAAAGUUAGCGGACAUGCUGACUGCGAUAUGCGAUUAUUGCCAUGAAAGAUUAGGAAGUUUAGUUUCCGCAAGUCCGAGCGAAAUCGAAAAAGAAAAAAAUACGAGCGACAGUUCGUCCAAUAAAACUGUUGAUAAAGAUACAACGACCUGGAACGAUAAAUCUUGGUUGAGCGAACGAGCGACUACUGCUCAAGUUUGUAAGUUGGCGAGCGUCGUUGAAAAUUUUACGGAAACUUGUGAGAAAUUGUGCGGGAAACAGUGUAUAGCUCUUCGUUCUGCUUUUAAGGCUCAAGCGAGCAAAUUUGUACAGAAAUUUCACACGGAACGAAAAACCAAGUUGAGCCACGUACUUGACUCAGAAAGAUGGAAGCAAGCCGAUGUGCCUCCAGAAUUCCAAGCACUGGUGACUUAUAUUCACAAAAACGAAUGCUUUCCUUAUGAGCUGUGCAAAUCGGAUAUUGAUAAAAUCGAUAAAAUUUCCAACGUUUUAUACGUUGGUGAGGAGAAAUAUGCAGUCGUGGGUACUGUUCUUAUACUUAUUCAAAUCAUUCACGAAUACUGCAGAACCGCGAGUGAACUGUCAGCCUUGUCUGGUAUGAUUGGACGUCAGCUGGCUGAGGUUUUGCGUCACUACAAUUCUCGAUGCUGUCAACUUGUAUUAGGCGCUGGCGCCAUGCAGGUGGCAGGACUCAAGACUAUUACCAGCACAAUACUUGUUUUAGCGGGUCGAAGUCUGAAGCUAGUUCUCUGGUUAAUGCCUUUUGUUAAAGCACAUUUUCAAGCUCUUGCAGAACAGAGUUCUAACCCCAGCGUCGUAGGUGUGUCGGCAAUGAGCGGCGGAGUUGCCUUACUUGACACGGUGGAACGAGAUAUUCGAUCCCACAUUCGGGAAAUCGAAGGAAAAAUAUUAACAAUUGUAGAUAUUCUUUUGGGCGGUCAGAUCAAUAGUUGGACGGCGAAACCACCCGUGCCAUCGCAAUCUUUCAGAAAUAUAUCUAGGCACUUGGUAAAACUUCACGAAGCUGUGUCUGGCAUUCUUCCAAACGAUGAGGUGCAGGCGCUCUACAGAACGGUCAACACGUCAUUCAAGGAAAAGUUGAGGGAGCAAUUGGUGAAGAUGAAUAUCGUGAACAACGGAGGUCCGCAGCAUGGAGUCGUUACUUCCGAACUGACAUUUUACGUCGAAACGCUACGGAAUCUGAAAAUCUUACCGGCGGAUGAAUUGAGCAACGAUUGCCUAGACGACGUAUGGACUAGAUAACAUGCAGAGCGUAUUGUGUACUGUAUUAUUGAUGCAAUCAAUCAUCACAGAAACAGAUGACCAUUGACAUUUUUUUGUGGUGAGCCCGGGUUACGCGGCGCUGCGAAAGGAAUUGUACAAGCAUGUUGUGUGUUCCAAUACAAUGGGAUGGUUGUAAUUUUAUUCAUAUUGUAUAUGCCUAUAAAACAGAAAAAGAUGAUGUUAUACGAAUUGAGAAUUUUUGCCUACAAUGUACUUGGGCGUUACGAAUGUGAUGCCGCAAGCCCUAAAUGAAAUCAGACUGAACAGUGUAGGAUUUAAAAACAAAAACGAUAUGCAAUGAGGUAAUAGUUGGACCAAAAAAGUAUAAAUGGCAAAUUCAAAAUGCUUCUCAUAUUGCGUUAGACACUUAUAGUAAGUCGAGAUUGAAGUUGUCGAUAACAGCAAUCUCGAAACACAAAGGUCCCCAAUUCACUGCCAUUGGGUGAUAGCGUUAAUAGUUCUUUAUGCAAUAUUUCUAUUUCAUUAACCGUGUACUUUUUUAAAUUUCUCUGUUAAUUUGUACGAAGCGCAAAUACACAACUAAUCCGUUGCAUAAUUUAGGCACACUUAGAACGCGGUGGAGAACGCAUUAGAAGAGGUAUCGUGUAAUUUACUGGGGUAGUUUUAAACACAGUUGUCGAGCAUUCCGACUAUACUUUCUAAUAUUUUUUCAUGCCCUCUAGUCUGCGUUGUAAAUAACAUGUGAAACGUUUGGAUUUUAAUCGAUAGCAGAAACAAGUGAUAUUAGACCAAUUCGAUGCACGAAGUGGCAUAAAAACAAAUUGUUUAGUCGACAAAGUUAUUCAAGUGUACUAAAAUGUAAAAUAGAGUUUUCUGAAAUGCAUACAUAGCUUAUAUUAUUAUUAGUAAUCAGUGAUUGUCUCGCAAUUGUUUUAAAUCUGUUUUGGAAUCUCGACAGAGAUUCUUUUUCAAGACUGAUAACCUUAUCGUACCACUGUCGUGCUAAUCAAGGCACGUCGAAAAUAGAAAAAAGAAGUUAUGUAGAAAGCAGAAAGUUACGCGAACAUGCUACUGUAUAAUAAUGCCUCUUACAUCAUAGUAUCAUACUAGAUACCGUAUCGUAUGUAAAUGAUUACACCAUACUUGCGUGGUAUGCAUACAGACAUCACAUUAUUAUUAUAAUACUACACUUUGGUUCGAGUUUGAUGAAUUAACGUUAAUGAAAAAUCUAGUCAAAUUUUUCAUAUUUUACAAAAAGAAAAUCUUUUGAUAAUAUUUAUCCGUUUGUUUUUUUGUGGUAUAAAACAAUCGUACUUGUUUAUUGUACAUGUACACAAGCAUGUAGAUAAAGAACAUGGGAAGUUAGUAAUAACGUUCGAACUGUUUGUCUCUUGGCGUUUUGUAAAUGAAUGCAUAUUGGUUGCGCGUUUCCAUGACUACGGGCUCGAAAACAGAACAUAGCGCAUCGAAAAGUCGCGAGUUUACAUGGAAUGUAGACUUCAUUGUUGAUUCGGAACUUGGGUUUGCCUUCUUUUUUAGUAUGACUGGUAAAGCAACGUAAGUAUUUCAAUAAAGUAAACCAUAAACAAUCACCGAAAA